ACACUUCUUGGUGCACCAUUUCUGAAACAAAGCUCUGGCACCGACAAAGCUUUAAGGCUUGCUCGCCAAGAGUCCUUCGGUCCAUCUGGCCGAAUACGUCACGAUGUAAAACAAAUGGUUGUUAUGGUUACUGAAGGACGCACUGCAGACGAAAGCAAAACAAUUGAAGAAGCAGAUCAGUUGAAGAGUUCGGGAGCUGGGAUUAUAGUUGCUGGAGUUGCUAGUGUCAAUCGGAGCAUAUUGACAGCUAUUGCAUCUGACGCAACACAUGUUUACAUAGCAGAUACUUACGUGGAACUUCUAGAGCUCCCAACAGAAAUCGCACAAAAGACAGCCGAAGAAGCUCCUCAGUACCGUGCAAGAGCAGAUAUUUUGUUUAUCUUGGACUCGUCUGGCAGUAUCAGUCCUGCAGAUUACCAAAAGGAACUUGAUUUUGUGAUCUACCUAAUCAACAAUUUUAACAUUGGACUAAAUUAUGAACUUUUCAGUGUGAUGGUGUUUUCCAAUGUUCCUCAGAUGCUGUUUGACUUUACUUUGACCAAUCAUGAUCAAGUGAAGAGG